CUGUAUCUGCAAACCUUAAAAAAAAAAAAAGACCUCCACCGGCAGAUACCACACCGGGAAGAGUCCUCAACCUUUUGCCAAAGUCUCCUUUAGGUGAUGCCAAUAGGAUUUUACAUGCCAGCCGUAGCCUUUGUUGACCACAACGUUGGCUACCAGGUCUUCUUGAAAGUUCUUGUUUGACCAAAUUGUAUUGUGUAAUCCUAUUAUACGGAGACGGAGGGCACUGGGCAGCCCACCCCAUUAUCCCCCCCUAAUCAACCCCUUCCCUCCCCUCCCUGCCCUCCUCUUGGAAGCAGCAUCCCAGUGUGUGGGUCUCUCAUUAGGACCUUGACAGCCGGCUAGUCUAUAUAUAUUUAUAUUUAUUUUUUAUUUACCGUGUGCCGGAUUUAAUGCUGAGACAUGCAAAACAAUAGCUCGGGGAACGCUGAAGCUAAAGACUAUGGAAAAGUCGAGUAGCGAAGACUCUUCUAUACACCGAAGUCCAUCUGUGGACAGCAGGGACUCAGCUAAACCUUCUACCUCCAGCAGGGAAUUUGGUAGAGGAUUCACGGCCGGAGCUUUUUAUGGCAAUGCAGGAUCUCGUCCACAGAGCCACGCCGGCGGCGUGAAGAAGGACAAGUACCCUGCGCCCAAAGGAGGCAAAUAUGUUGUCUUUUACCUGGAUCUAUCCUUUGUUUUUCUUCUAGAAUUUAAGAAGUGCAACAUGGCGAGAGGCUGUCUGUGUUGUUUGAAAUAUAUGAUGUUCCUCUUUAACUUGAUAUUUUGGCUCUGUGGCUGUGGCUUGCUGGGAGUCGGAAUAUGGCUUUCUGUAUCGCAAGGAAACUUUGCAACGUUUUCUCCCAGUUUCCCUUCUCUUUCGGCAGCGAAUCUGGUGAUCGCCAUUGGCACAAUCGUCAUGGUAACUGGCUUCCUGGGUUGCCUCGGUGCUAUAAAGGAAAACAAGUGCCUCCUCUUAAGCUUUUUCAUCAUUUUGCUGAUAAUUCUUUUGGCUGAGCUGAUACUUCUUAUCCUAUUUUUUGUCUAUAUGGACAGGGUCAAUGAGAAUGCAAAGCAGGAUUUGAAAGACGGUUUAUUGCUUUACAAUACGGAAAACAAUGUUGGGCUGAAAAACGCUUGGAACAUUAUUCAGGCAGAAAUGCACUGUUGCGGUGUGACAGAUUAUACCGAUUGGUAUCCGGUGCUGGGAGAGAACACAGUUCCUGAUCGAUGCUGCAUGGAGAACUCUCAGGAUUGUGGCCAUAAUUCGACCAGCUUAGUAUGGAAGACAGGUUGUUAUGAGAAAGUGAAGAUGUGGUUUGAUGACAACAAGCAUGUUCUUGGUACAAUUGGGAUGUGUAUACUCAUAAUACAGAUACUUGGAAUGGCAUUUUCUAUGACCCUCUUCCAGCAAAUCCACAGGACUGGCAAAAAAUAUGAUGCCUAGGGGGCUUCUCGAAAAAAAAAAAAAAACAGACGUUUGUAUAAAUAUUUUUUUGCGAUAAACAAUGUCAAGAACCAAGGAAUCUAAACAUUGGUCACCGGAACUACCAUCACAUUGAAACUUUUACCGUAACCCGACUCUUACACCUGCUAUUAAUUUGCCAAAGAAGAAAGGAAAUGCGUAGAGCCGGUUUCCCGCUCUAACACUCUUCUUGAACAUCUAAAAAAAACAAAAAAGAAUUUAAAGACUUCUACCAAUACAUGACCGAUAGGCUUAUGCUUCUGGAACAUUUUAAAGAGUUUUGAAAAAAUAUAGGUGAAGAACACUUAAAAAAAGGAUGAUUUAUGGAAGCCAUUGACAACUGGAGCCCUCCCUGUCGGUGAUGUUGGGCCAGUUUGCAUGGAAUGGACUGAAAACUAAAUUUUUUUUUUUGUACCUUAUGGGACAUUGUUUUUUGUUACUCUGAUUAGGACUAGUGUUUUCAUUGACAUGUUUUGGAUUUUUUUUUUUGUUAUUUUUUGCUCUUUUCUUUUGUUUUUGGGUUUCACUUUCCACAGAUAUUAUUUUAACUACAAAAGUUCUGUGUGAUCUUUAAAGGAUGCUCCUGCAGUAAGUAGGUUUUUCGAACAAAAAAAAAAAAGAGCAUUUGUGUUUAUGUACCAUUCAGCUAACUAAACGGAAAGGUGUGCAUAAAAAUGUUACCAUUUUUUAUUACAAUGUAAAGGUAUAUUGAUUAUUUUGAGUUAUUUUCAUAGCAAUGUAUUGCAUUCACAUGUUAAUUUGUCAUGGUAAAGUCUUGUUCCACCUAAAUUAUAUGAUAUGGGCUAAAAAAAAAGUUACAACCAUCACCCACACAGUAGAAGUCAGGGUGCAUUCACACCAUGUUUUGGGAAUCCGGCAUCCGGAUGGAGUUGGAUAGUGACUCCUGUCGUCUCAUUUUUGAACUGCAUCAGUUUUAUUGCCGGACUAAAAACCAUGGCAGACCACGGUUUUCAGUCUGGCAAAAAAAAACCUGAUAAGGGCUAAAAUGAGUUGAGCCGAGUCACUAUCUGACUCCGUCCAGCUCAUUGAAGUGAAUGGGGUGCGGCACGGGUCCGAGCCAGAUCCGGCUGCGGUAUCGCUAAAACGUGGUGUGAAUGACCCCUAAUAUAAUUCAGUCUGCCUGAAAAAAAUGCAUUUUUGACCCCAAAUAUCUGGGCCAUGUAAAAUACAUUGGAGGCCGCAUUCAGAUGGCAUGAUCCAAUAGUGAUCUAACGUCAGUCCAUCUUAACCAAUAUCUUAGUUGCAAAACUAUAAUUCCUGGCAUGCCCGCAUGUUGGGAAUUGUAGUUUUGUGACAGUUUGGAGACAGCUGAUCUCAACUAUUGAGUGGGGCAUCGAUGUCCAAUGUCUGCAAUAUAAAACACCACAAUGGAACCAUAUUGGAACCAUCUCAAUGUGAAUGUUGAUCGUAUUCAUAUUUUUUGGGUGGAAAAUUUGAAUCAAAGCAACAAUCCAUUAGCAAUAAUGAGCUUUAUUAUUCAAUAUUUAAAAUAUAGAAGAGGCAUUGACACUACAGUGGAAUUUGGCCACAAUUAAGUUCUAGAAAACACAAAAACGCAAGUUAUUAUUCCAGAGGAACUUGGAAAGUAGGUCUAGCGAAUCCAGACAUUCACCAAAAAUUUGGGUAGACAGUGUUGGCACUGAUGAAAAUAUGUUUCUGUAAGUCGCAAUUGAUUAUGUACAGAACUGACGUUGCAUUUUUUAAGAAACAAUGACUUUAUAGCUAUCAAGGAAGUUGUAUAUCGGAUGUCAAUAUUCAAGGAACCUAAAAUAUGUCUACAGCCUCAAAAGUGGGGUAGGCUCAAGCAAAGAUCAUGACUACGUGGCCUAUUGUUAUGUAAUUCAGGCUGAAUCACUAUUUGUUAAGGCAUGUGAAGCCAGGCAGUUCUCAAGGAACCCAUAGGGCAGCCAUUUUUGUUCACCUUACCAGUAUUCAUGAGAAGGCAUCUCAUCCAGUUCACCAAUAGUCAGUGAUAGAAGCAAAGGAAAAAUCCAGCACUGGACAGGUGGAGUAAAAUCACAAAGCUUUAUUUUCUUCUUUAAAAAUGCAGUAGCAAGCAUGUACAAUGAAGCAGAGCUCAAGCUUGACACGUUUCGUGGUGUCCCACUUUGUCAAAAGCAUACUACGAGUGUUACACACAACGUUAAAGUAGAGUACAUCUUACCAAUAGUGUUGAGCGGCAUAGGCCAUAUUCGAAUUCGCGAAUAUUCGCGAAUAUAUGGACGAAUAUUCGUCAUAUAUUCGCGAAUAUUCGCGAAUAUUCUCGGAUUCUCGGUUUUAUUUUCGCAUAUGCGAAAAUUCCCGUAUGCGAAAAUAACAUAUGCGAAAAUUAGCAUAUACAAAAAUAAAAUAAGCAAAAAUGCGCAUAUGCGGAAAUUAGCAUAUGCAUAUUUUCGCAUAUGCGAAAAUUCGCACACCAGUCUCACACAGUAGUAUUAGAGCCUUCUUUACACCACACAAGCUGGAAGCAGAGAGGGAUGAUCACUGUGAUGUGUACUGUGAAAAAAAACAAAAAACAAACAAACGAAUAUUCGUAAUUACGAAUAUAUAGCGCUAUAUUCGCGAAUAUUCGCAAAUUCGCGAAUAUGCGAUAUUCGCGAAUAAAAUUCGUAUUGCGAAUAUUCGUGAGCAACACUACUUACCAACUGAUAGGAAUCAGCUGAGAUCACACAAUUAGAACAAUGGAUAACACAGGUGCAUCACUACUCAUUAAUUAACAUUAAUAUAUUUUGUAUUUUGCAUAGAGACAGAUUCUAAAAUGAAUAAUAAUCAAAAAGGUACAUAUAAUUUGCAUAAAAUUCAGGAUAUAUAAUGUAUCAUGAUGUGUAUAUAAUAAUACCACAAACAUGUGUUGGCUGACACAAAGAAAAACAAAAAAGAGAAAAAAAACGCAAGUGCAACAGUAUGAACAGCAGCCAAAUAAUAGAACCUUUGCCUAUUCAAAAAUGUAUAGUCGGUGAUACUUCUAAAGCUGACCAGACAGGGCCCGAUUUGACAAACAUGGAUUGGAUUCGUAGUGGGGAAAACACUUGAGAAUGAUUCUUCCCUUUAAGGAGGAGGGUGGUGUUCAUGCCUCAUUGGGUCCAAGGGUCAGCAGAUGGCCCAUCAGUUUUGAUGAGACAUCCGCCCAUCGAUCCUGGUCACCAUAAGCAAAAAAAAAUAAAAAUUUGUGGAACAGAUUGCAUGGAUUGUUGCUCUAUUACAUACAAGAUAUCUAGAUGACAAACAUUUGACCUGUAUCUUUGCACAAAUUAUUUUCCAAGGUUCUACCACAUUUAAACACCGCAAACAAUAUUUUUAAGGACAUUCCUGCUAAACACUUCAGCACAUACCUCUAGUCUCAUCGCUGCUGCUUUGAACAAUGCCGAAAUUUGGUCUGCGGUGAGGGCAUUGCUUACUUUUUUGAUGCUUUAGAAAAACUCAUGACAGUGAAUGAGAAGAAAUAAGGGGCUUUUCACAUCAUGUUUUGGCUUUACCGAGGAGUCAAGUGUGGGAACUUAAGAUUUCCACUCAAGGGCUGGUCCUCCUGCUAAUGGCAACAGUGUUCCUGCUUUGAAAAAAAUGCAGGAACUCUGUUCCCGUGCAUUCCUGGAGGACUUGAGCCCUGGUUGUACCCCAUCAGUAUUCUGACGUAUAUCACGAGAGGCUAUAAAGUAGCCAUAAGGGAUAAUGGUCCUCUUGUGAUCAUGUAUGCUUUGGCUUUAUUCAGAUCACAUUUUGGGCCCAUAGACCUGUUGUGACUAUGUUCAUUACAGAUCUUGAACAUAUAUGCUGUCCAAAAUGAAUACCGAUAUAAGGGAGACUCAGUGUAGGCACACAUAUAUGUCUGGUCUAUUGAACAAUGGUAUACGUUGGAAUACCGAUUUGACAGUAUCGCUACAACCGAAAUGUUAUGCGAAAAGCCAUUGAGCAGUCUCUAUUGAUGUUAUUUAAUUUGUCCUGUAUUCGCAGUAGUAACAUCACAGGUUGUAUCUAUAAGAACUCAUGAAAUCAUCAUCAUUAAAAAAAAAAAUCACGCCCCAUACUAAAUGCACGAGGGCGGAAAAACAUGAAAUAUUUAUUUUUUAAAAUGUGACUUUUUUUUAAACUUGUGUAUCUUCUCUACUGUUGAGAAUAGGACUGUAUUAGGAAAUGCUUCCGGUCACAUGUGCUCUAGGUGGUGUUUCCUUUUUCCAGGAGGACAAAGAAAAAAAAUGUCAUGUGACACCAGACGUGGAAUCCUUGUAUUAAAUGACAUUCCGGUAUGGAGGUGAAAUUGAAAUAAUUCCUUAGUAACUAGUCAUUUGGCUACCAGUACUUUUAAUUCUUCAGUAUGGAAUUUGCUUGGGUGCCUAAAGCUCUACAUCUAAGCGUUUUUGUGACCAGCAAGUGCUAUUGGACAACUCUGGAAUACAUUGAAUGGCACAUGGUACGGUGAUUCAAUGUUGCCGACAAUGCAUAGGUGGAAUUGGUCGCAGAGUUGUGUUGUAGUUCCAGUUACAAGCCAGCUAUACAAAAUGUGUUGGCCAACCAUUUAACGUGUACGGUUACCUCCCAAUUCCACCAAUGACAGGUGACUGGGAAAAGUAGGUUCUGGCAUAUUGUUUUGGCACUGCCCGAUAUUGUUUUCAGGGAAAUAAGCCACCAUCAGGGGAGUCUAAAAUAGACUUACUCCCAUUUUCCCAUUGAAAACACAUGCAUGCUUGGUCAAGUGUGUAUUGAGCGAUCUGGAGAGGUAGCUGUUGGUCUAAACGGGUGUUCAAGCUCUCUUAUGUGAAUUACUAGCUAAAUUCUGCAUCAUGGCUGCUGACUAAUGUUGUCUUCAUACCAUGUUAAGUUCACUUUUGCUGUACAGAACCAUCACUGCCAUGUAAAGCUUAGAGUGAAUGUCCGCCUUUUAACACCAUGUUAUUUUAGAUAACAACAACUUGCGCUAUAAUGGGUGGAGCUUGGUUUUUUGGAUACAUAGCUCCAUUGCCCACCAUAGAAACAUAUCGGUAGCUAUGUAAUGAAAACUAAAGGCUUCGACCACUUUACAGCAGAGUGUUGGACCCAUUUACAUAAUAAAAUAUAGUGUUCAAGGGUGGACUUUCACUUUAAUUUGGACCUUGUACAUCACUAUGAUGUAAAUGUGGAGAUGUUAAUGGGAUUCAAUAUAAAUUGUACAUUUAAGAGUCCUUCUGGUAAUAUAUGUAUAUGACAUGUCAUCAGUGGUUCCCGGCACUUGGCCAUGCACAACCACAUACUGAACCUAUAUAGGAACCUAUAAUUCUCUGAAUCAGCCCUUAAAGUCUCUACUGAUAUUGGUCUUGUGUAAAAUAUCAGUAGUGAUGUUUAAGGGUCUGGGUAAAAAAGCCCUAAAGAAUUCAUUGUAAAUUGAAACUUUUUUUUCUUUUUUUAGAAAAUGCUCAUUAUUUAUUCUUAUGUUUAUUAUGGAAAUAUAGCAUUCCUUUGAAAUUCUGAAUAUUGUUGUUGAAGAAAGAGGCAAAAAGUAUUAUUCAUCACUUCUAAAUAGGUCCAAAAUUCUAUAUGUGUAAUUUCCUAAUAUAUAUCGGAACCUUUUUCUUCUAGUACAGUGCAACAAUGUAGACAUAGAGCUUAAAGGAGAAGACAUCUUCUGUUCAUAUACCAUAUUAGGGCAUAUAGACCUGAUCGAGGGUUCCUUCUUUUCGACCCCCCUCUAUAUGCUAGUACAAAGAGUGGCUCCCAUAGUUGUGAAGUCAAGCUGUACAUGGUGGCCCCUUGAAUGACCACCAUGCCAUGCUACAUUUCACCUGUCUUGUCCUUAUCAGGAAAAUCAGCUGUUUGCCAGGGGAACCCAGGGCAAUCAGCCAGUCACCCUAAGGGUGGCACUUGUCAACUCCAGGAAGAGCCUGAAUAAGUAUGCUGUAAGCUCUUCCCCUAGUGGUGACUACAGACAACCAGAAUAUUGUCUUGUAACACAUUGUCUAUAUGAAGGAAAACUCCAACCUUAAAAGGGAUACAUUAAGAAAUCAGCAUUGAAUUUUGGACCUAAACAUAUAAUGGUCUUAAAGGUGCACAUUCAAAGUUGGAAGUAAGAUGAGAAAAAUAACAAGUAAAAGGAAGAGAAAGGGGGUUGUCCCACCAUUAACACCCGGCUGGAAAGACAGCGGGAGGCCCCUACAGCCAGAAACACCCUUCCCCCACGAUCAUACACUUAUGCCCUACUUUGUGGAGAGGGGAUAAGUGGUAAUGCUGGGAUAUCUCCUCUUAACAAGUUUAAAAAAACUAAAUAGUUUACUUUUAAUUACAAAUUUUUAAAAAAUGGGACCAUGAGAUCAUUAUACCAUUUUCAAAAUGGAAUCUGACAAAAAGCAUAUUUGCUGCUAUCAAAAAAAUCACAGAGGUCUGACAUUCAGUUUUAGCUAAGACCUAAUUCUGAGUUUUCUCUAAAAUUUUACUUUGCCUUGGACAAAGUUGUUUUUUGGGAUGAAGCAAUAUUGUAUAAGCCAACUCAUUACCAUAAAGGGUUUUGUCCAGGUUAGAAAACACAUUUUUAAAUACCCUUUUUAGGGAUUUUUUUAGUAAAUACAGGGAGGUCCUCUGUUCAGGGUUCAAUACAAAGAGUGUCUCGCACUCUGGAGGACCCAAGAUCACCAUGCAUUAAUUGAUAAAACCGCAGAAUUUAAUAGGCACUGCGCAAUGCUUUAUUUCUCCUGUGGUGGCACUGUAGGAGAGUUGUACACUGCACCACAGUUGAUCACUUGUGGUCACCUUGUGGUCAUCAAAUUAUCGAAACAGACUUCUUACAAAAGGUGAUUGUCUUAAGUCGACAAGGCUUAUAAUGAAAUUUGUGACAUCGAAAAAAGUGAAUGUUGCUGAUGUAUUAGGAUACUUACAUUUAUUAUUGAUCCCACCACCACAUUGCCUUUUUAAUCGACAUACCUUUACGUUUUUGUCUCUGUAAUUACCCUAUAAGAUCAGAUUUGUAGACCCAUGUGGCAGAUGUAGAGGGGUAGUAAGACUUUUCCCACUCUGAACAGAGAUUGAACGCACCGAUCUACCCUAAAUACCUUGGCCAAUGCAGGGUGGCUUGUUGGUCCCCCGUGAGACCUAGCACUUAAAUGACAUGCCCCAAUGCCCCCUCUAACUAAGCCCCUGGGUAGAUCCAUCUACUUAAUGCAAAGACGUGGGCUGAAUGGCUGUUGGCUUUUUAAACUAUUUAAAGUUUGAAAAAAUAUGGGUUGAUGGGGUUGUAUGAGGAAUAGCGUCAUUCUUGUUCAUGGGUUGGGUCUUAUAUUGCAGCUCAGUCACGUUCAAAUACAAUAUUAGCAGCUUUACCGCUAAAAUUUGGUAAAUUAGGUAAAUAUAAUUGUUGUUACAAUGUCAGCUACAGUAUUCAUUCUUUUUAAAGUUCACAUGGGAUACUUGAUAAAUCUUAAAUUUUUACCGACUGGUUGGUUUUUGUCAACUGUAUUUAUGUAACACAUUCUUAAAAUAUUGUAAAUUUACAAUGAUUGAGUUGCAUUUCUUUCAAAUUAUUUUUAUACAUUUUCACUUUGCUUCAUUUUUGCUGUGGUGGCACAAUCUAUUUAUUUUUAGAAUUUUUUUUUGACAAAUUCGAAUUUUUUUUUUAAUUGUUAUGUUAGGAUAGGUCACCGGAUUUUAUGAUGUUUUUCUUUUCUGUUGUCGGCAUGUUAAAAAAAAGUACAAUAAUACCGAUAUGCAGUGUACUGUAUAAAGUGAAUACAUGAAAUCGCAAAAACCAACCAUACAUCCUAUUGUAAUAUUUAUCAUAUGUGAAAUACUAUUUUUAGUUUGUCUUUAGCAUAUUUUUAGGUUCUACGUUAAUUCUUUAUUCUAAAAUAAAUUGCACCUUUUUUUGUUUGUUAUAUAACAGUUGUUUUGUGCUUUUUUUUUUUUUAAAUGCAAAAAAAAAAGGAUAAAAUAUUCUUGGCAUUUAAUAUCAGUUCUAUUUUUCCUUUAUUCUAGCAUGUUUUGGAGUUUAUUGAUCAAGUCAAGGUAUUUUACAAUAUACAUAUACCGAAUAUUUAUUCACCCUAUUUUUUUCAGUUGCAAAAUUUUUGGAUUUAUGUUACCUUAGGUUUUUUAUAAUAUUAAAAUGUUUUUUUUUUUAAAGUUAAUCCAUUAAAAUGCAGCAUCUGUGAGACUUCAGGUUCCGGCGUGGGAAUGUGAAGAGCCAGAGAACAGAGCUCCUGCGCCCCAGGCCCUGUACACGCACCGAAAACCGGCCGCUUCUGGCCCGACUCACCUGUACCGCCUGGCAGGGGGGUCCUGGAAUGGAGGGGAGCGCUCCGACACUGCUCCGUGCACCUGCAGCACCCGGCGGCAUCUUGCGGCACACGCUCACCUCAGCGUUGCGGCCGCCAUCUUCGCACGGGAGACAGAACAGCUGAAGAUAUAACUGCUGCACUUGCAGCUUAGCACGGGCUGCAGACUCCGCUCCCGACCCAGGGAGACACCACUACUGCUGGGGAUUCUCUCCUCUGGAGGCAGAUGCAUCACGCUUCCCCCCAUACUCCUGAGCCAGAACAGCUAUAGUUGCACAUAUAGGAACAUCGCCAUCAUUACCUCCUCUCUGGUGACGUAAGGGUCACAGUACCAUUAUAACCCAGUAUUGCAAGACAGCACCAGCCCUCCUACCUCACAGCUACCCUGCAGUUACACAGGCAGGGAGUAUCACUCCGGGCCCCAUCUCAUGGACCGCUACCUUAACAAAGGGUCCCUUCGGGCGGGCUCCCAGGCACUGGCACUGGCAGUUCAAGAUCCCAGUUCUGCAAAAACCACUCAUGCACCAACCCAAAUAAUGGCUAUGGAUGUGACUGCCAGCCAGCCGCUAUUCACUCAUGAAGAAGGUGCCCCGCUGCCACCUGAGCCCCCCCAGUUGCCUACCAUGGCGGGUUCCCCGGAGGUUGCCUUCUCCUCUUCAAUGGAUCUCCAGAUGCUGGAAGCAGCUCUAGUCAAGUUAAUCACCCCCUACUAUACAGAAGACCCUUGAAAAUACCUUGCGCUCUACGUUAACACAGAUUCAGAUGGAUUUAGGUGCCCAAUUGGGUUGUCUAGAUGAGGCAGAGGAUAAAAAUAGUAGCCUUGCUACCAGACUUUGUCAAACAAACUGAUCUCUGCUAUGCAGCCAGAAGCUGGAGGAUCUGGAAAACCGUUUCUGCAAGAACAAUCUCCGUAUAGUGGGGGUUAGUGAAUCUGAUCUUCAGGAGACUUUUGUGAAAGUGUAUUGCCCAAAGCCUUAGGCCUUCAGCACAAGUGCAGAGUAAAGAUGGAUCAUCGCUGGGGCCGACCACCCACUGUCAACUCUGGGCCUUCUCGGGCUAAUGCUUCUUGCCCAAGACAAGUCAGUUAAAGUUGCUGGACUAUAAUGAUAAAGUUGAACUUCUGACGGCUUAUCACAAACGCUCAUCUCCACUUACUUUCUGUAACAGAAAUCCUUUGAUUUUUGAAGACUUCUCCGCUGAAAUUGCCAAGCGACGUAGAGCUUAUGGUAAAGUCUGCAUUGAGCUGUUUAAAGCAAAGAAGAGAUUUCAACUUCACUAUCCGGCUACUUUGAAAAUGUUCCGUCCAGAUGGCUCCUUUUCUACAUACCAGACACCUGCUGCAGCGGAGGCCACUCUACAAGAUAUCUUGAAGGAACCACCAUGCCCCCAAUGCUCUCGCCCUCAUCGCUCUCAAAUUGCUCCAUGGUCUUUAUCGGCACUGCUGCAUACCUCUUAUGCUAAACUCCCAACCAGUAUAAAGGGAUCAGUGCUGCUGUGGGACACGAUAAUAGCUUGUAAGGAAGUGUGGAAGGUUUUCGGCCUCCUGUUUCUCCUGUCCAAACAGAUGCCCUUGCUUGACCACCAUGAAUUCCCGCAGGGUAGAUCCUCUUCUUGGUUGCAUUUUUGGAUUGCCAAAGGGGUGGGGACGGUGGGGCGACUGAUGCAUGGAAAAGACCGUAGAUGGCUUUCGCCAGGGGAAAUGCUUUGCAAGUUUGAACUUCCCCUCUCCCAUAUGCUUUUUGCCAACCAGGUCCAUGCCUCCUGCUCCUCCAGACUCCGAGAUCUAUCUAGUGAAGCCCUGUCCCACACCCUAGAUGACAUCAUAGGCGGUGACCCCCAGAGAGUAUUGAUUUCAGACUUAUAUUUAGCUUUUCGUAACCGUUUUUUUAAAGCUUGAUCCCAAGAAGUUGUUUCGCACAUGGGAAAGGUGGACCGGAGAUGGAAAGGUGGACCGGACAUCACUGAGGUUAUUUUAGGGGCCUGGGGGGCAGUGCGUAAGAAUGCUGUCAAUGAAAUGUCGAGGGAGACGUAUUUUAAAGUGGCCCAUGCAGCUUUAUAUGGGUUUAACAUCUUGGCUUCCCUAUCCUUGCCUUCAUUCAUCCCGGAUAGAAUUGUCAACUGCCCCAAGUGUAAGGCCCCACUUACUAACCUAUAUCAUGGGGUUUGGGAGUGCCCUCAUGCAACAGAGUAUUGGCGACUUAUACAGACCUACAUUUGGGAUCAUUGGUGGGUGUGCAUCUCAUUUACACUCCAAUCCUUUUUGUUCCAUCAACUGCGCCCAUCUGAGGGAGGGGAGAUGGAGGGUGUGAAAUUCCCGCGUUUCCUUCAUGUGAUCCUUCUAGUAGCCCUAAGAAGUCUUUUCGCUACAUGGUUAGAACAUGCUACUCUGGAUUGGCCUAUGUUGAUUGCGCAGUUGAAAAUUUUCCUACAAGUAGACAGGUUAGAUGCUGAACGGCAUUCUGAUUCCGGCACUAAACGUUUUGUCCAAAAAUGGAAAUCUUUUAUCGUUACCCAUUAUGACUCACGCGAGAUCGCUGAUUUUGUGCGUCCUUUUCGAUAUACCUCUUGGUACAUUGUGGAGUCUCUGAGAGGCUCUCUUGGAGCUCUGCGUUUGCCAGAUGCUUAAGCUUGUUGUUCUGAUCUCUAAUACUGCUCUAUGAUUUAGAUCCCUUGGGAGUCAACAGAGGUUCAGAGGAGUUAGAGCGCAGCCCUCUACAUAGGGUACUGCUUUGUUUUCUAUUGUUACUGAAGGGUUGGAUGAUGAGCCACGGUGGGUUCUUCGAGCCCAGUAACCUAGCUUUCCCCGGACUUAUGCUCCAUUGCAGACUAGGACAGCGCAUGGACAGACGUCAUGGGUUAUUGUCGGACAUGACCUGUAUGCCUUUGCUCCGGGGGAGGGGGGACAGUGUUUUAUUUGCUGUUUCUGCUAUUCCAUACCUGAUGGCUUGGUUCUUGUUUUCUUAUACUUUGAAUGUUCUGAUAUGUAUUCCGUUUUGUUUUUUACAAAAGUUUAAUAAAAAAAUAUAUAAAAACUAAAAUUCAGCAUCAUGCCAUAAGAGCAAAUUAAAUAUUUUAUUAUGAAAAGGAAUGAGAUUAUAAAAAUAUAUAUUUAUAACAUGAUUUCCACUUCAGUAAAAACUAUAAAAUUUCACAAAACAGAUAUAUAUAAACAAACCCAAAUAAGAAAUAAUCAUCAAUAAUCAAUAAAUUCUUUUAUGGGAUAAUUUAUUUUCAAUUUACAAAGAAAAUUGUGCAACUUUUAGAAAUUUUUUUUGGGGGGAGGGGGAAAUUUUCGAUGCAAAUUUCGAUUUAUCAUAUAUUUGUAUUCUGCACAGUUAUUUUCUAGUUAAAGUUGUUAUUCAGUGAUUCUCCAAAUACAUGUAUGAUUUUGGUUUCUAGCCCAUGUGCUCUUAGUUAUUUUAUUUGCCGCUAGCUAUUGAUUAAAAUCAUCAAUUUUUUAUGUUUUUUUUUUCCAAACAUAUUUUAUUAGAAUAUGAAAUUUACUAGUAAUUCAUUUAAAGGGGUACUCCGCCCCUAGACAUCUUAUCCCCUAUCCAAAGGAGAGGGGAUAAGAUGUCUGAUCGUGGGAGUCCCGCCGUUGGGGACCCCCGCAAUCAAUUCUGCAGCACCCCCGUUCUUCAGCUGCCUGGAGUGAAGAUCGCUCCGUAGCUGAUGACGGGCGAUACAGGGGCGGAGUAUCGUGACGUCCCGGCCCCUUGUGACGUCACGCCCCGCCACCUCAAUGCAAGUCUAUAGGACUUACUGCAAAUCUGUAUCCUGAUAGCUAUAGCGGGGGGGGCAGGUCUCGGGCCAUGAAGUUGCCAUGAGAUUUAAACAGGUAUCCUGCUGCCAGACUAACAUCAGGGUUAUGCUUUGAGAACCCCAUACACUUAACAAAAAGUUGGCCUGACCCCCCUAUUUAGGGAGGCAUAUGAGUAGCUAAAGACUAGCUGCAACCACAUUUGAGUGCCAUUUGUCAGCUGCAAGACCCCAUGGUUUAUUAACCAAUGCAGAUUGCCCUAGAACCCUUUCAUUAUCUUAAAGGGGUACUCCACUGGAAAACAUUUAUUUAUUUAAUUUUUUUAAUCAACUAGUGCCAGAAAGUUAAACAGAUUUGUAAAUUGCUUCAAUUAAAAAAAUCUUAAUCCUUCCGGUACUUAUCAGUUGCUGUACAAUCCAUAGGAAGUUCUUUUCCUUUUGAAUUCCCUUUCUGUCUGACCACAGUGCUUUCUGCUGACACCUCUGUCCAUUUUAGGAACUGUCUAGAGUAAGAACAAAUCCCCAUAGAAAACCUAUCCUCCACUGGACAGUUCCUGACAUGGACAGAUGUGUCAGCAGAGAGCACUGUGGUCAGACAGAAAGG